AUGGCGAAACAAUUAAAAACGUUUCUACUGAAAAAACGCCAAGCUGCCGAGCUAAUUAAAACCGUGGAACAGUUCACCAGUGAAUAUACCGAUGAUAGAGUGAGUGAAGUAUCAGUGUGUCUAGACCAGCUGGAAAGGUAUUACGAAGAUUUUCUCCAGGCAAGCGCGAAAGUUUCGGAGCUAGAUGAGGAUGGGGCGGAAACGUAUGUGGCGGAACGUUGCGAAAUGGACACGCGUUACCGACGCGUGAAGGGUUUCCUUCUACGAAGGCAACCCUCGAACCCGGGUGUGAGUGAUUCGGUGUUGAUCGCGAAUUCAACGAUGAAUACUACGGGACGAUCGAGUGCUGUGAAUGUGCGUCUGCCGAAAAUCGAAUUACCUACGUUUGAUGGUGAUUCUACCAAGUGGCUUACUUUCCGGGACCGAUUUGUAGCUAUGAUUGAUUCUUCCGCGGACAUUCCUAACAUCAUGAAGCUGCAAUAUCUGCUGUCGUCGUUAAAGGGUGAUGCUGGAUUGCUCUUCGAGCAUACCACCUUAACAGCAGAUAAUUACGACGUGACGUGGACUGCCUUGCUGAAGCGUUACGACAACCCGCGUACGCUUGUUCGCGAGUACUACCGGAAGAUUCAUCACCUACCGACAAAACUCGACGAGCCCGUUGAGUACUGGGAUACGCCGCUCGCCAACCUCUUGUUGAUGAAACUGGACACGGCGACCAUCUUGGCUUGGGAAAACCAUUCAGCACAGCACACGAAAGAUAAGUACAAGGAGUUAGUAGAUUUCCUUCAUAGUCGUGUCCGAAUCCUUAAGUCAACGCGUCGCUAUGUCGUGUCGUUGCCGCGAAAUGCCAAACCGGAGAAAGUCCUGGGUUUGUCAAGGGAUAUAGCAGAUCGGCGUUUGUUGGGAGUUGAACGGCGGCUAAAGGCCAAUCCUGUAAUGGAAAAGGAGUAUAAAAGGUUCAUGGUAGAAUACGAGCAGUUGGGACACAUGGUGAAACUCACCGAACCUGUCGACGAUAGUGAGCCGCACUGCUACAUCCCUCAUCAUGCCGUGAUUAAGGAGUCGAGUUCUUCAACCAAGGUUCGUGUUGUUUUCGAUGCAUCCUGCAAAACAACAUCGGGCUACUCCUUGAACGACACUUUACUCAUUGGCCCAACGGUACAAGAUGAUCUGCUCACAAUCAUCUUGCGAUUCAGGAAGCAUUCUGUCGCAUUAGUGGCAGACGUGGAGAAGAUGUACAGGCAGAUCCUGCAUUAUGAUAAAGAUCGAAAACUGCUACGCAUUCGAUAUCGGGAACGUUCAACCGAACCAAUAGCAACGUAUGAGCUACAAACGGUGACCUACGGUACCGCAUCAGCUCCGUUCUUGGCCACUCGUACGUUGCAACAAAUCGCGCAUGACAACAAACAGGAGUACCCCAAAGCCGUAGACCCGGUUCUGCAUGAUUUUUAUGUGGAUGACUUGCUGACUGGUGCAGCAAGUGUUUCAGAAGCCAUCGAGACACGUAAACAGAUAUCAUCGAUGUUGGAAUCAGCGGGCUUCUCACUAAAGAAAUGGGCGUCGAACAUACCGGCUGCGCUUGAUGGUGUUCCAAGCGCCGAUUUGGCCAUCAAAUCAGUUCUAGACUGGCAAGAAGACCAAGCAGUCUCAACACUGGGCUUGGUUUGGGAACCAUCCAACGAUAUGUUUCGGUUUCGGGUGGAUUUGCCAACCCCUGCAGAAGAGCUGACACGAUGCCUGGUGUUAUCAUACACGGCCAGAAUCUUCGAUCCUCUUGGUCUGUUGGGACCAACGGUGAUACUCGCCAAGAUGUUCCUGCAACGCCUAUGGGGAUUGAAGCACGAGGGGAAGACGCUGGACUGGAAUCGUCCGCUACCAGCGGAGAUUCAGGAAGAGUGGAGGAGGUUCCACUCAACGCUCUAUGUGUUACGCGAACUGCGAGUACCUCGAUUGGUGGCACAUAGCAAUCCGGAAAAGCUGCAGCUGCAUCUCUUCGCGGAUGCAUCUCAAGGAGCCUAUGGAGCAUGUUGUUACGUACGCUCGGAUUCGACACGGGGCUCUACGGUUAGAUUGCUAGCGGCUAAGUCCAAGGUGGUGUCCCUCUCAAACACACAUUCCAUCGCCAGAUUAGAACUGUGUGCAGCACGGCUAGCAGUACACCUGUUCCAGAAGGUGAUUCGAGCACUCAACGUUUCAUCGUCGACGGUUAUCUGUUGGACAGAUUCCAUGACCGUCAUGCAUUGGCUCAAAUCAUCACCUCGUCGAUGGAAGCCGUUCGUCGCCAACAGGGUGGCGCAAAUACAAGAGGAGACCCGAAUUUCAUGCUGGCGUCAUGUUCCUGGUAGCGAUAACCCGGCGGAUGAUAUAUCGCGCGGGUUGAGGCCCGAAGAGUUACUGCAGUGCGAGCGAUGGUGGCAGGGGCCACGUUGGUUGUCCUACGGACAGGAAGAGUGGCCGGUGGAACCAGUACUCGCGAAAGAGAACGAGACGGACAUCGAGGAGCGGUUAGCGGUGUCCAAAAUAGUCAUCACCUCUACGACGUGUGACUUUAGCAACAUACUUUUCGCACGUUAUUCCUCGUACGGCAAGUUGCGAAGGGUUGUUGCUUAUUGCUUGCGAAUCCUCUCCAACCUCAGGGCGAGCAAGUCAACGUCGAUCAACAGCGUCAAGCGGAAUACGGACAUGAAGACGCUAUUGAGUUCCGUUCCACCGCUUACAGCGGCGGAGUUGCAGGAUGCGGAACUGAGGUUGUGUCAACGGGCACAACAUGAUUCGUUUGCGGAGGAGAUGGACGACCUGAAACGAGGAAAGCUGGUGAGCGGGAGGUCGAGACUAAAGUGGUUGUCUCCAUACCUCGACCCAAAGGGUGUGUUACGCGUCGGUGGCCGGCUUGGUAACGCCAACAUACCAGAGUCAACCAAACAUCCGAUUGUCCUCGCUGCAUCACAUCGGCUGUCGACACUACUGGUCGAGAACACUCAUCAUCAAAAGAUGCACGCAGGGCCACAAUUCAUGUUAGCAACAAUCCGGCAGAAGUUUUGGUUGAUUGGGGGCCGAAACUUAGCAAAGAGCGUGUACCAUCGAUGCCACACAUGCUUUCGGAACAAGCCAACGCUGGUGAAACAGGCGGUAGCUGAUUUGCCUAAGUCACGAGUGACACCAACGCGACCGUUUGCCGUCAGCGGCGUCGACUAUUGUGGGCCGUUUUUGUUAAAGUCGACCGUCCGCAACCGAAGCCCAACGAAGGCAUACAUCGCGAUAUUCGUAUGUUUCGCGACAAGGGCAGUCCAUAUCGAGCUGGUGAGUGAUCUCACAUCGACUGCUUUCCUAUCAGCACUACGUCGCUUUGUCGCGAGACGUGGUAAAGUAGCCGAAUUGCAUUCGGACAAUGCAACGACGUUCAAGGGCGCGGCACACGAGUUGCAUCGCAUCUAUAGGAUGCUGAAAAUCGAUGAGGGUGAUAGGAGAGCGAUCUUUGAUUGGUGCGCAGAGAACGAACUGGUAUGGAAGUUUAUCCCCCCGCGUGCGCCUCAUUUUGGAGGACUUUGGGAAGCGGCAGUUAAGUCCGCUAAAAGGCAUCUGUUAAAGACGAUAGGAGUUAGAAGUGUGACGCAAGAAAAUAUGCUUACCCUUCUGGCACAAGUUGAGCUUUGUUUAAAUUCGCGUCCAUUGAUACCAAUAUCAGAUGAGCCAACAGAUUUGGAAGCACUAACCCCGGGCCAUUUCUUGAUAGGGAGUAGCAUGCAGCAUGUACCACAAGUAGAUCUUAGCAAGAUUUCUCCGAACCGUUUGAAGGAGUACCAAUUAGUGCAAAGGCAGAUGCAAGAGAUUUGGGCACGGUGGUACCCAGAAUAUCUACAGCAGCUACAGGCCAGGGCAAAGCACGCGAACAAUACACCGGUGAAGCUAGAAGUGAACCAAUUAGUGAUCGUGAAAGAAGACAAUACCCCACCUGCAGUUUGGCCAAAAGGGCGAAUAACAGCUUUGCACCCAGGAAAAGACGGUGUAGUGAGAGUAGUAACUUUACGAGUGGGCACAGGAAAAGAAAUUGUUCGAGCCGUCAGUAGAAUCGCGUUACUACCCAAUCCAAUCGAACAGAGAGCUGCAGUCGAUACAACCACCAUCACCAUGAGAUCAAUAUUAUCGAAUAUUGCCCGAAUGUUCGAUCCCCUUGGAUUGAUCGCUCCGGUCAUUAUACGUGCGAAGCUGCUCAUGCAGGAAUUGUGGCUGCAGAAGAUCGGAUGGGACGAUCCGGUUCCCGUUCACAUCUAUAACAAAUGGAAGGCUGUUAAUGAUGAUUGGAAAGAUUUGGCUGACUUCAAACGUGAUAGACGCGUCAGAGGUAGCGUAUGGCGCCUGUAUUUACGCACGUUGUGA